AUUAAUUUAUCUUGCAUAAAGGCUUCUCUGUUACAUAGCAUCUUCUUUCUGGAGCUACUCAAGCAGAGAAUCGCUUUGAUUCUUCAACAUGGCUGAUUUUGGCGAGAUCCUGAGGACCAUUGGAGACUUUGGAUUAUUCCAGAAGCUCAUACUAUUUGGACUAUGCUUCCCGAAUCUUGUCCUGCCUUUCCACCUGGCCAGUUUGAUUUUCAUCCAGUCAGACCCUGAGCGCCACUGURACACUGACUGGAUACUUAGAGCUGGUUCCAAUCUGAGCAGUGAGGAACAGCUGAAUCUGACCGUGCCUCGGCAGGAGGAUGGAACCUUCAGUAGGUGCCUGAUGUUUACCCCUGUAGACUGGGACAUUGACACCAUCAGGGAGUAUGGACUCAAUCAGACCACUGACUGCCAGAAUGGAUGGGUGUACAACAAUAUAGUGUAUGAAGCCACCAUCGUCACUGAUUUUGAUCUUGUCUGUGGCAAAGCUAACGUUGUCGGACUUGCWCAAACUGUGUUCAUGGCUGGCAUUCUUCUUGGUUCACUCUUGUUUGGACCUUUCGCUGAAUCAUUUGGUCGCCAACGAGCAACUCAGAUACCCAUGGUUAUUAUGCUCAUUUUUACUGUAACGACAGGCUUGUCUCCAAACUUUUAUUUGUAUAUGGCAUCCCAGUUUAUAGUAGGGAUCGCAUAUGGUGGAUUUCGAAUCAACUGCAUUAUAUUAGCAACUGAAUGGGUCGGAGUGACAAAACGUUCUUAUGCGUCUUGUUUGAGUCAGACGUUCGGUGGAGUUGGCCAGUGCAUUCUUGCUGGCAUGAUCUUCUUCAUCCGAGACUGGAGACUUGCUCAGUUUGUCAUGGUUGCACCAUUAGCAGUGGUCGCCGUAUACAUAUGGUUUAUUCCUGAAUCAGCCAGGUGGUUAUUGGAUCAGGGGAAAACAGAGGAAGCUAAGAAGUUGAUACUCAGGGUAGCAGCCAUCAAUAAACGCACAGUUCCAGACACUAUUCUAGAGAAGAUAGCUGAGAAGAAAGUUGUUCAGAAGGGAGGCAUACUCCUUCUCAUCAGAUCUCCUGUACUUAGGAAAUACUUCUUAACUAUUACUCUUGCAUGGUUCUCAUUAAACCUCUCCUACUGCUGUCUGUCCUUGAACGUCGGGAACUUUGGCCUGGACAUCUUCUUGACACAGCUCAUGUUCGGACUCACAGAGAUACCAGGUCAUAUACUCAGCAUCUUUAUACUGGAAUAUUUGGGGAGGAAGAUAUCCUUAAUGUCCACCCUUCUGACUGGCGGAUUCACAUGCUUCCUAAUCCUGGCUGUUCCACAAGACAACGCUGUUGCUAUUACUGCUCUUGCUACUGCUGGGAGGUUUUUCAUGAGCAAUGCUGGAUCCAUAUGCAACGUCUAUUUUCAGGAGCUGUUUCCCACCUCUGUUAGACAAACGGCCAUAGGCUUGGGCUCAAUAGCGAUCAGAAUUGCUGGAAUACUGUCUCCAAUGCUCAACAUAUUGGCCACAUACCAUUGGUCUAUCCCCACUAUCGUGUUCAGCAGCCUGUCAUUGGUUGGUGGGGCUCUGGUCUUUCUGCUUCCUGAGACCAGGAGGACAGAACUACCUGACUCUACAGAUGAGGCCGAGGGGAAGAGAAAUGUGACUAGCGCCAUGAAGAUAGAAAAAGGCUGCAAAGUGGAUGAUUAUGACUAUGAAAAAUCUACCAAACUAUAAAGUCAUGUUUAUGUAAGUCUUUUUUCUGGRUAAAUGUAUUUUCAAGGCUUAGUUAGUAAGACAGUUGGCUGGUGCAUGGUUCUUGUAACACCAAGGUUGUGAAUUUGAUUCCUGGAUGGGCCACAUAACUUGCUGUUUUUAACUUUUGGUUUAUAGAAUUUUUUUGAAUUACUUUACUCUUUUUGUUAUUCUUAUCUCUAGCUAAAUGGAUCAAAAACAUACGAUAAAAGUGUCUACUUAAUGAACCUAUUAUUAUAUUUGACUUUAAAUACAUUUGCAGUGUAUCAAGGAAUCUAAUGAUAUAUACACCGCUUCUCACAUUUGUAUAAAAAAAACGGACUGUCACCCAUGUUACCCAAUGAAUCUGUAAAUAUUGUUAGGAAACCACCGAGCCAGCCUACUGCUAACUCUACAGUCGCAGUGUCCAGGGGUCCUAUAGGUCAGGCUAAAUAAUCUGUAUCCUGAUUGACUUCUUGGUCAGCCAGCCCAAGUAGUUUAGUUAUGUUCUCUAUGGUUGGUGACAAAAAUAAACAUAUUAAAACAUUUAAAAAUUUGACGGAUUUAACCAAACAAACACGGGAAGUCCCGUCGGACCCAAGAGGCUACAUUCAAGCCUCACUGAAGUGUCUGCCAGUCACUGAUUGCCCAGAGCUGAUCAACUUAUCAUCAAGCGUUGAUAUUUCAAUCAGCUGYGUAAUGCCAAGGCAAAAAAAUMAAAAUGUGUACCCCUUUWGGWCCCCAGGACCAGGAUUGAGAAACACAACACUAAUCUACCCAUUUAUUACACAACAAAAUAGUUUCAGAUAACUUUUUUUUAAUUUGCUACGUCACAUGAAAUUGCUGUACUGUCUACUUGUCGGGUUGCCAAGAUUGUUUACAAUAAAUAACUUUAUCAUCUCAA